UCCAUGCCCCGUAGUGGUAUAAAUUGACCGUCUCCCCCCCUUCCUCUCCUAUCCCAAACAUCAAACUAUUUGAUCUUCCUGGACCUUUUUGCCCCUGAGUAUAAAAAACAAGAAGUAAUUAAGUCACCAUGAGACACACCACUCCAACCCUCGCCGCGGCACUGGCAUAUGUUUCCAGAGUUAAUGCGCAUGGCCACGUCGCGAACAUCGUCGUGAACGGUGAGUCGUGGGAGGGCUAUGACCCCACGACCUUCAUCUACUUCCACCCUCCGCCCACCGUCAUCGGCUGGACAUAUGAUGGCGAGGACAACGGCUUCAUCGCGUCCUCGGAAUUCUCCCACCCGGAUAUAAUCUGCCACCGGUCUGCCACUCCCGGGGGAGGCCACGCCGUCGUGGCCGCAGGCUCCGAGAUCAGCCUUCAGUGGGAGGAGCCGUGGCCGCGAAGCCACCACGGCCCCGUCCUCGACUACCUCGCCAACUGCCACGGCCCCUGCGAGGAGGUCGACAAGACGCAGCUCGAGUUCUUCAAGAUCGACGGCGCCGGCUACUCGCCCAGCAGCGGCACCAACGGCUGGGCGUCCGACACCCUGAUCGCCAACCACGACACCUGGCUGGUCCGCAUCCCUGCCGACCUGGCCCCGGGCGACUACGUCCUGCGCCACGAGAUAAUCGCCCUGCACGAGGCCCCCAUCCACGGUGAGGCCCAGGCCUACCCGCAGUGCCUCAACCUGCGCAUCACCGGCUCCGGGUCCCUCCGCCCGGAGGGCAUCCCCGCCACGGAGCUCUACACCCCCGAUGACGAGGGCAUCCACUUCGACAUCUACGACCCCUUCAGCACGUACCCGAUCCCCGGCCCGCCGCUCGUCCCCGGCGCGGUCGAGAGCGUCGCACAGCGCAGCUUGGUCGCUACCGCCACGCGCACCGCCGAGACGGGCUACGCCGCCCCUGCCGCCGCCACCACCACCGCCCCUGAACUGCCCACGCGGAAGAUGAUCGCCCCGGAGCCGACUACGCUGGUGCCGACUAAGCUAAAGCCGACUACGCCGCAGCCUACCACGCCUGAGACGAUUGUCGUAGUGCCGUGGUUCCCGGCGGCCGGGAAGGAGCCAUCGGCCGCGAGGCGCAGGUCAUCCCCGCUGGGCGCGGCGAUAAGUGCGAGCCUUGGGCUUGGCCUGCUGCAGCUGAUGGCCUGA